AUGGCCAUCUGGUCGCCGGCUUCCCUGCUCCUGGCCCUGAGGGUCUGUGUGACUCUGGCUGUCGACACCGGUCUAUCUCCUCAUAUACAACCCAUCAGCUACGAUCUGUCUAUCAAGAUGCCAGACCCUUUGAUUUCUGAUGGCUUCACUGCUUCCGUUAUUAUACACUUGCAACUGACGGAGAAAUCUCCGAACAUCACGCUCCAUGCAAAAAAUCUUCACUCAAUGAGAGAAGUGUCCAUGAUAGCUGUGAAUGCCUCAUUUCAACCGGUACUUAUCAGCACUCGUCUUUAUGAAGAGACGGUCGAAUUCAUCUUCCUACGGCCGCUGUCCGUAGGGCAAUACCUACUCACCGUAGGAGAGUACAGUGGCAAAUACUCGAACGGCUCUACGGGUGUGAUUCAGCGGUACCACAAACUUUUCACCACUCACUUGCAGCCGAACUUUGCCCGACAAUUACUACCAUGCAUAGACCAUCCAUCUGUGAAGGCUCCGUUCAGGAUGACCGUCAUCCACCAAACUGGCACUCAGGCUCAAUCCAACACCAUCGCUACGGAUGUUUCGGUGGUGAACGCUACCUGGCAAAAAACUGUUUUCGCACCGACACCACCGUUGCCGGUUUACCUGGUCACUUUCUCCGUAAUGCCGCCCGGAUACCAAGAGGUCGAGCGACAAACAUCAUUCGGUGUGACUGUGCGAGCCCACGCGACAUCGCUGACGACAGCGCGACGAGUUCUCGACGCCGCCGCGGCGUCGUUCGAGUUGCUCGCGAGUAUUAUGGAAAUCCCAUUACCAUUGAACAAGGUUGACUUCAUCAUGGUGCCAAACUACGAUGGUGGUAUGGAGAACUGGGGCCAUAUUCUUCUGUCGGAGAACUUGGCCACUUCUGGUGAUGAUGCCCAUCUUACCUACAUCAUUGCACACGAACUUGCCCAUCAUUGGAUCGGUGACAAAGCAACGGUGAACAGUUGGCGAUGGAUUUGUCUACAGGAGGAUCUCACCGACUACAUCGCUUACAAGGUGGCUGCGGCGGUGAUGGGUCACGAUCAACGCUGGGAACGAUUUUUACUAUCGAAAUACGUGGCCAUUCAACUCACUGAAGAUUUCUUUGCGCCAGAACAUUCGCUGAUGAUGCCUGAUAAUGUCACUCAGAGUCUGAUUUCCUCUCACUGCUAUCUGAAAGGAGUCGUAUUGCUUGAAACCCUCGAAAGCGUCGUCGGUGAGGAAUACAUGCUGGCCGUCAUUCGGAACCUUGUUGCAACCAAAUCAACGUUCGAUCUGAAGACAUUUCUGUUCUACUUUGAAGAUAUACCUGUCGAUAGGAAUGUCUCACUGGCACAGGUAAUCCGCCAUAUGGACGAGCAUCCUGAACAUUUCUCAGCUGUUGGUCGAGCUCAGCUAGUAACCGACUUCUGCUACUUCUAUGCUCAUGAUGAAGUGGACGGUGGCACGGCAGUCAAGGAACUCGUGCUGGAUACUGUCUACCGUAAUCCAGAAUACUUCGAGCUAUGCGACUGGCAUCUCUUCUGGUGUCACUCCACUGCGCCAGCUACCUUACCGCAACUGCUACGACGUGUAGCCCUCGGAGUAACGCGAUUGUUCAAUUCAGACGAUGCCUUCGGCUGCCGUACCGGUAUGGCAGCAAGGAAUCUGAACGCUAUUUGCAAUAGUGUCUUCAGCACGAGAUGUGUUUGA